AUGUCUCCACGGCCGGCCAGCCGGUACAUGUACGUAGCGACACUGACCCCGCGCUGUGCAGCAGGGCCGCGGCGGCCGCCUGCAGCGAGCUGGCGCCCGCCUCCAGCGACUCCAGCCCCUCCGCCAGCGCCCGCGCGCGCACCUGCGCCACCAGCGCCCGCGCCACGCCGCGCCGCCGCCAGCCCGGCGCCACGCACAGCGCCUGCAGCCAGCCGCUGCGGCGCGGGCCCCAGCACUCCGCCACGCUGGCCGUGCCCAGCACGCGGCCGCCGCGCGCCGCCACGCAGCCGUACAGCUCGGCCGGCAGGCGCGCGGCCAGGCGCGCGGCCGCGGCGCGGUGCUGCGCGCGGCGCCGGCCGCCAGCGCGCCCGCCACGGCCAGCAGCAGCGCGCCGGCCGCGCCCGCGCCGCCGCCCAGGAAGAUGAACACCACGGGCCGCCCAGCACGCACACGUGCAGCGUCAACUGCCACGAUACAUUACUGUCCAUUGUCAUCCAUGUAUCGUCGUCCCUUAGGACGAGUGACUGA